GGGAGAGUCUGGAACGAGAAGCGCGGUAGAUGUGGGAAAGGGCAGGGGGUGAGUGGCUAUCUACAUAUCUGCAUACAGAGCUAGAUAUGCCUGCAUGUGGGAAACAAUGUUUAUAACAACCACCGCGUUGGCUGCUAUAUGAAAAUCUUUUGUAAAGGUCGCCCGGGUCGCCAAGUCUAUAGCCCAGCCAGCCCAGGUAGGGUAGGGAAGUAGGUCGAUAUGGCGACACUUCCAUCUCACGAAGCCGUCAUCGACACCGAGACCAAAGCCUACGGCGCAGAAGAAGAACGCACACCGUAUUCAGCUACGACGACGAGCCAGGAAAUUGGAAGUAGCAGCGAGACAGCAACAGCGAAAUGGCGCGAUACAUGGGCAGAGGUCAAGUUUGCGUUUACAACGCGCGAAGGCUGGAUUGGGGAUUAUGACUACCUCUACCUGAUAACACCCAACAUCCCGCCCUUCAACCGGCGCUACAAAACACGGAUUCCGCCCUUCUACGGGCUCAACGACCGGGUCCCCAUCCUACUCACCCUCCUCCUAGGCCUGCAGCACGCCCUCACCAUGAUCGGAUCCAUUGUCUCGCCCCCGCUCGCCAUCGCCUCGGGUGCAUUCCACCUCGACGCAGACACAACCACGUAUCUGGUCUCCACGGCGUUCAUCACAACAGGGCUGGCGACAGCACUACAGGUCACGCGGCUCCACGUCUCCAAGACGCCGUUUUACAUAGGGACAGGGCUGCUGAGCGUCGUGGGACCUACGUUCGACAUUCUGCCUAUAGUGUUUAGCUACGCGGGGCUGCGGUACAAGGCGGGGACGUGUCCGAUGGGAGACGACGGGAGCACGCCGGGCGCAUGUCCAGAUGCGUGGGGCGCGUGUCUAGGCACCAUGCUGUGCUGCGUGUGGAUGCAGAUAGGCAUGGCGUUUGUGCCGCCGCGCGUGCUGAACCGCGUGUUUCCCAAGCUGAUUACGGGCGCGCUGCUGACGCUCAUCGGCGUCUAUCUGGUGGGCAACGGGCUGCAGAACUGGGGCGGGUCCUCGAAUUGCCAUGGCGGCGAGGGGUUUUACGCCCUGUGUCCCAGUGUCGAGGCGCCGCGGCCCCUGGUCUGGGGACAUGCGAAGCUCGUGGGCUUGGGCUUCAGCGUGUUUGCGACUAUUGUGCUGGUCGAGGCCGUGGGCGCGCCACUCAUGCGCUCCGCGUCGGUCGUCCUGGGGCUCGCCGUCGGCUGUGCCGUGUCGGGCGCCCUGGGAUACUGGUCCACGGCGCAGCUGGAGCAGGCGCCGGGCGCAACGUUCCUGUGGGUACAGCGGUUCGAGCUCUCGGUCGACGGGGCGCUCGUGCUGCCUAUGCUCAUCAUGUUCGCCUGUCAGGCGGUGUCGUGCAUUCCAGAUAUCCUGGCCACGGCGGAGCUAUCCGGCGUGGACAUCGAGGGCACCGUCUUCAACAGUCGGGUCCAGGGCGGCAUUCUGUGCGAUGGCCUCGGCAGCUUCUUCAGCGCCCUAGCUACAGGCCCGCCCAUGGUCAGCCAAGCCGGCAACAAUGGGGUUAUUGUGCUGACGGGCUGUGCAUCUCGUCGCGCGGGCUGGGCUGCAAGCGGCUUCCUGGUGCUCAUGGGCGUCGUGGCAAAGUUUGGCGCCGUGUUUGCCUCGAUGCCGCCGUCGGUGCUAGGAGGCAUGCAGGUCUUCCUGUACAGCACCAUUGCGGUGGCGGGCAUACGCGUUCUAGCCCUCAUUGCGUGGACACGGCGCGACCGCUUCAUUCUCGCCGUCGCGCUCGGCAUUGGUUUCAUGGAUAUUUGCCACCCCGACUGGUUUGCCCAGGUGCUCGACUACACCGGUCCCAACGUCAAUCUGCUUGGCCUGGAGCAGGGUAUCAAUCUCGCCGUGGAGACGCCGUUUGUCAUUGCCGCCAUCGCAGGCGUGUUUCUGAAUACAGUGCUGCCGAGAGAGGAAAAGCAACCACUGGCAUCUACGCGCUACGGCCACCAGCGGGAAUAUCCUGGCAUCCGUGUUACGUGAAGGACUAGUAAAGUUUUGAACAAAUAUGCACUUUGUAUACUUGAGAAAGAGAGACGGCCUUUU